GAGGAGGUACGUUGGUUUUCACCCGUGAGGAGUUUAUGAAGCAGGACAAGUUGAGAUUUGAGGAAGAAGGACAACCAUUCUCGACAUCAUCUACUACUUAGAGGGGAAAAUGUCGUUCCUUGAGAUGCUACGAGGCCUAGAAUCAUCCUCGUCUUCUUCGUUUAUAGACUCUAACUCCUCCUUUGAGUUUCUGUUGAGAAUGCAGCAAAAUCAGAAGCACCCAGAAAUAGAAUGUGGGAUUCAAGCACUGGAACUGGAGAGCUGCAUUACCAAUGACGUAUCAGAACCGCAUUCUCCGAUUAAAUCCAAAUGCAAAGACCCGCAUCAACCCCAAUCGUCGUCUUGUCGGGAACUGGAAGUGGUGAGUUCCGAAUGCAAUGGAGAAACAAAGUCACCGGAAAAGUGCAGAGGAGGGAACCGUAGCAGCAGGGCGAAAGGCAAACCACAGGAAUCGAACAAAGCAGGCCCAGCGGGUAGCACUUGCGAGAGGAGGAAGCGUAAGCGAACGAGGCCGCCGAGCAACACCAAAGAGGAGGUGGAGUCUCAACGCAUGACCCACAUCGCCGUCGAACGCAACCGUAGGCGUCAAAUGAACGAUCAUCUAAACACGCUCCGUUCCCUGAUGCCCACCUCCUUCGUUCGAAGGGGUGAGCAAGCAUCGAUCAUUGGUGGUGCCGUUGACUUUAUUAAAGAAUUGGAGCGGUUGUUGCAGUUACUCGAGGCUUGGAAGAGAAUGAAAAAGUCGGGAAACGACGACGAAUCCAUGGAGGAGGAGGAGGGUAGGAGAGACGAUGAUAUCGGAGAAGGAGGAGAAAUGAAGGCAGAACACAAGUCGGUGGCGGAUAUCCAAGUGUUAGUGGUAGAGAAAAGGCAUGUGAAUCUCAAGAUGCUGUUACCAAGGAGGAUGGGAGGGCAGUUGGUCAGAGCCAUUUCUGCUUUGGAAGAUCUCAGGAUGACCAUCUUACACCUCAACAUCACAUCCUCUCAACGUUCCGUUCUUUACUCCUUCAAUCUCAAAAUGGAAGAUGAGUGCAAUCUGGGAUCAGCUGACGAGAUCUCAACAGCGGUGCAUCAAACCUUCAGCGGAGCCUCAUCAACGGUUCGUAAAUGGUCACCAUUUCUUUCUGUGUACGUGAUUCUCCCGUUUACCGUCGGCCUGAAUGUGAGGGAAGUGGGGAUGGCCACUGGCUGGCCAGAGAGAAAGAUGGAAACUGUGCAGCGCAGAAAGCGUCAGAUACAUUCUCAGUCUCAAAUGGAGGACUACAAUCCACCAAAACGGCGACGAUCAUUUUGA